AUUUUAAAAUCUUCCUGUUUUGCGUUUGUAAGCUUUCAUUAUUAAAUAAUUAGUAAUUAGGCCCCAAACUUUGCUCUAAAAUGCCGAAAAACAAGAAGUCUAAGAAGUCCGACACCUCUGACUCCGAUUCGGGUCCCGAAGACAGGGGGCCCGUUAAAAAGCAGAAGACACAGAAUAAGUCUAGUGGGGACAGCGAUGAGAACUCGUGGGAUCUGGGAAAGAACCGGUUCGUGAAAUUGACCGAGUUCAAGGGGAAAUGGUAUGUGAAUAUCCGCGAGUUUUACAACGCUGAUGGGGAGCUGCGUCCCGGCAAAAAGGGGAUCAUGCUGACCAUGGAACAGUGGCACAAAUUCAAGGAGGUUAUGCCCGAGCUUGAGGACGCAAUCAAGCGGAACGUUUGAGUUGUUUUUGUAUUUAUGAUUGAAAUAAAGUUGAGUCAUUA